AUGCAAGAUAUUAUUGCUCCGGUACAAAAUGUUCGAUUUGAUUUGGAUGAUAUUGUUUGCUCUCAAUUGGGAGCAUUACCAUUACCAUUUCCUGGUAUGGAUAAAUCCGGUGUAGGAGUAUGUGAAUAUUUUUUACGAGCAAAAUGCACCAACGAAAACUGUCCAUUUCGUCAUGUUCACGGGGAUAAAACUGUUGUUUGUAAACAUUGGCUACGUGGUCUAUGUAAAAAAGGUAAAGUAUUUGCUUUCUUACUGAUUGUACAUGCAACUGUUGUUGUUAAUUUUCUAGGCGAUGAUUGUGAAUUUUUACAUGAAUAUGAUAUGACGAAAAUGCCAGAAUGCUAUUUUUUUUCCAAAUUUGGUCAAUGUAUGAACAAAGAAUGUUUAUUUUUGCAUUUGGAUCCAGAAUCUAAAAUUCGUGAUUGUCCAUGGUAUGAUCGAGGAUUUUGUCGUCAUGGUCCCAAUUGUAAAAAUCGUCAUACCAGAAAAGUUUUAUGUCAAAAUUAUCUAUGCGGCUUUUGUCCGGACGGUGCACAAUGCAAAUAUUCUCAUCCAAGUUUUGAGAUACCAACUACAACAGAAUAUGCUAUGCAAACACGUAAAGUCAUAUUCAUCUGUGAUUACUGUCAUGAAACUGGACACAAAGCCGCAUCAUGUUUCAAGUUACCACCAGAAGAACGUAUUAAAUACAUCAAUCAACCAUCACAAACUGUUUCCUAUUUUCAUGAUCAUCGACAUUAUAACAAUAACUUUGAUCCACAAAAUCCUAGACCAUAUCACAAUUAUUAUCACAAUCAACAACAACAACAACAACAACAACAGCAACAGCAGCAAACACCUGCGAAUCCAGAUAAUCCACAGCAUACACAACAGCAAAAUGGAGAUCAUGCAAUCGGUGGUGCCGUCAUUCAUCAUCAGUUUGAUGUCACGUGUUUCAAAUGUGGUGAAAAAGGGCACUAUGCCAAUAAAUGUAAUAAACCACACAUGUCAUUUUUAAGAAAUCAAAAUAUGCAAAGACGUUAA